AAUCCCUCACGGAACCUGAUCACCCUUCGAGAGACUCCAAGAAGGCUCCGUUUCCGAGUCCUGACCCGCUUACUGCAUGAACUGUGGCGUCGUUCACGGAAGAUGGAGGUUAUUCUUCAAAGCGACUGCCAUCCAACCUCUAUCAACAGCCGUCGAGACCGUAAACCCAUGAUGCCUCAUUGUGGGUUCACACAGCUUCUGCCAUGGUGGCUCCUCGGGUCUCAUAGGGAGAAUAUCUUGCCAUAUUUGUACGGCCUGGUGGAUACAGCCGUUGCCCCAGCUGUCUCUGUUUACCGGCCACAGCCGAGAGCCUCAGGCUGUCCCGUCUACAUCAUCCUCAGAGCCGAACCCACGAAAACGGCCGACGAUUCUCUGCCAUUACGCCAUUCGACCCACGCCAUUCUGGGGCGUAUCCGACCCUCUUCAAUCUACUAUUAUCGGUCUCACAACGGAGAAAGAAAGUUGUAUCUCUAUGCCUUGGCUAUGCUCGCCCCACACGGUCGCCUAUCCCGCUCGAGAACGCUCGUUGUGCAACAAGCCAAUUGUGUAACAACUCUUCUUCUGAAAACGACGGUUAAGCGCCAUUUCCCCCAUGAACAAGCCUCCCAGGGUACACAUUGGACAUGAUGAUCGCGGUCUCAUGCAAACAGUUCGACGCCUGUUGUUACACGUAACGUGCCCGCCGGGCGCGAUCGCAAACGUUGUGUCUCGGAAUCAAUGAUGCUCAGGAGAAGAUGCAUGACGCGUGGCUUAAUACCAUAGAGGUGGGGUGGGCGGCUAAGAAGAAGUCUACAGCGUCGAUGGCGAAGUGAAGCGUUCGUUUCCGACCGGGCGCGUCCACACGGUGGAUUCUAGAGCUCGAGCGCAUCCGACUUGGAAAUAAUCAGUAAAGUACUAUGUACUUUGACGCUUCGUACACUGAAAUGCGGCGGUUCGUACUUUGCGUCCAGAAAGGCCCAGGCCCGAAUCGUCGACAUCUUCGCGCCCCGUUGGCGGUGGAGCACAGUUUUGUAACGGGAAUUCCCUGCAC